ACCAUCAAAAUGUGUGCAGUAGAGGGUUAAAAAUGGAACCAUCUUUGGUUGCUUAGUAACCGUACGUUUUAGAAUCGAAUCAUAUCUCGGUUUCAAGUCACUCGGAGUUUCAGAAAGGCUAAUGGUUUCUACGAGCAGAGUGAUUUUACAAAUUUACUGAUGGCUCAGAAAGUUAAUGUGGAACCUCACCACAUUUUUGGUUUGCGCCGGGAAGCGAGAAACAACUUGCUUUUUUUGGACGAGCAAACCAUAAUUUUCCCAAGCGGAAACAAUUGUGUGCUCUACAACGUCCAUCAGCGAUGGACCAAGUUCAUUCCAGGUGCAAUGCCAUGCCAACAGGGGCCACAGGGCAUACAGGCGCUGGCUAUUAGCCCUGACCGGCGCUACCUGGCUGUAUCAGAGCGCAGAGAACAGGGUAUCAUCACUGUCUAUGACAUACAAAGCGAGCAGUGCUCCAAGAGACAGGUACUGACAGGCGGCAGUGACCGUAUCCAUGAGUUUGUCUGCAUGGCUUUUUCUGCUGACUCCAAGUACCUGCUGGGCCAGUCUGGAGGACCUGCGUGGACCCUCUUCUACUGGGAGUGGGAGAAGAAUGAGGUUAUUGCCACGGUGACGACCAAAAGGCUUGGCUUUGUCAGUCAGGUCAGCUUUAAUCCGAAGGACAACACACAGAUUUGUGUGAGUGGAAAUUAUGUCUUCAAGAUUUUCACAUUAGAGAACAACUCCCUGAAUCAGACCAGCUCGUUUGAUUUGGACCUAGAAAACAUCAUGUCCCAUGCGUGGAUGUCUGAGGACUGCAUCAUCUUAGGGACAGAAACAGGAAAACUGCUCAUGUUCAAAGCCGGACACUGGCACAAGCUGAGGAGGCCUUCUGAGAGGCGCAUCACUGCCAUCACGCAGUACUCUAAAGGCUUUGCCUGUGCAGUUGGACCAGGGCUAGUUUACCUUUAUGAGAAAAUAGAGGAGUACAGCUACAGGAACACUAAACAAUUAAGAAUUCCUCAGGACCCCUGCAGCAGUCAGCCGAGUCAGUUGGAGCAGCAGGAGAUCACAACAAUAUGCCUGAGUCCAUUAGAGGAGACGCUGGCCAUAAGCACACGCCAAGGUCAAAUCUACCAUGUCAGCCUCGCCUCGCCCGAGAUUAGCCAGAGUAAGCAGGCCAACUUCGAGUUCCUGUUUCACUCUGUUCACUCGGGAAGCAUCACCGGUCUGUCCACCUGCUCCUCCAAACCCCUCUUCGCCACCUGCUCCAAAGACCAUUCCGUGCGCAUCUGGAACUACAAAACCAAGUCUCUGGAGCUGCAUAAGGUGUUUCUUGAAGAGCCGAAGUGUAUCUCAUUGCACCCAAAUGGCCUCUCCAUCCUGGUGGGCUUCCCUGCUAAAGUCUGCCUCAUGAAUGUGUUGAUUGACGAAUUCCGCACUGUCCAGGAGUUCGACAUUGACAACUGCAAUGAGUGUGUGUUCAGCCAUGAUGGGAACAUGUUCGCUGCUGUCAGCGAUAACCUGAUAAACAUCUGCAACAUCAGCACAGGAGAAAAAGUGGACCUGAAUGGCCACAUUAAUAAGGUGCAGUCGGUGAUGUGGAGCGAAGAUGAUCGUCGUCUGGCGUCGUGUGGUAUGGACGGCGCAGUAUAUGAGUGGAACGCUCUGAACGGUGCCUGUGAGUCCUUUAAGAAUGUGGAGAAAUCAUGUACCUACACGGAUGUGAUGUUCUCGCCCGACACUGGGAGCGUCCUCACUGUAGGCAGCAAUUUGACACCGAAUGAGCUCCGAGAUGGACAGAUCCUAAGGGAAAUGAUCUCCAUGACUCACUCCGGCCAAGCACUCUUUGUUGGUACUGCUGUUGGUACUGUAAGAGUCAUGCAGUACCCGUUAGAAAAGGAGAAAUCCUGGACAGAGUAUCAGGCGCAUUCUGGUCCCAUCACCAAAAUGGUCAUCACGCCCGAUGAUCAGUAUCUUCUGACUGCCUCAGAGGACAGCUCUGUCCUCAUCUGGAGGAUCACUGACCAGGAGAGACAAACGCUGGCUGUGGUAAAAGAAAUACAUUAUACUGAAGAGGUCCUCUGUACAAAGGCCUAUGUGGAGGAAAAGGACCAGAGUGCUUAUGCACAAAUGGAGUUGCUGAAGGAGGAGCAGGAGUGCGAGCUAAAUCAGAAUCACAUGGACUAUGAGAAGAAGAUUAAUAAAGUCAAGCAGAAUUUCCUCCAGCAGAUUGAGUCUCUGAAAGGCCUGAUCCAGAUGCUGAAUGCUGAAAAGGAGGAAGAGAAGGUCUCUCAGGAGAAGGCCCUGACUGAGAUAAUGGAAAAACAUGCCAAAGAGCUGCAGGAUCAGGAACAUAAGCACAAAAGCCAGAUGUUUAAAGCCUUCCAGAAACAUGUUGAGCUGAAGCAGAGAAUGCAGAGCAUGCAGCAUAACUAUGAGGAGAAACUGCAUGAGCAAGAGGACAACCAUUUAUGUACCAUGAUGAACAUGAAACGGGCCUGUGAUGACAGGCUGCGGGAUCAACAGGACAAGUUGCAGCAGACUGAAGAGAGGCUGAAGGAACUGCAGGGGAAAGUUGACUCUGAGUCCAAAUAUAUCUUCCCACAAUACGAUCAGGAGCUCCAGGAAGAGAAGGAGACCAGCAGGCAGCUGGAAUAUGAGUUGGAGAAUCAGACGAUGCAGUUCUGCAAAAUAAAAGAAGAGAUACAGGACCAGUGCCUUCGGAUCAGUCAGCUUCAGGUUAAGGUAGAGGAGAUGAACAGCAAAAACAAGGAGACAAAUCAGAAACUGAAAAUACAGGAACAGGUUCUGAAGCAGAUACUGAAAAUACUGGAACAAGAGCUGUGCACAGAGAGGAAGAGGGUCAUAAACCUGAACACUCUGGUGAAGAGGAUGAAGGCCGACAUUCAAUACUGCUCAAGCUUCAUCCAGCAGCCGAAGAUGCUGAAGGAGAACUUCAUAAAACUCCACAAGUCCUACAAUCAUGAAGCAGAUGUGAGAGUUGGAGUGAAGGCGGGGGACGUACAAGAGCACACCAGGCAGAGGGAGCGCCUGCAGAGGACAGUGGUUUCUCAGAAGAAACGCCAAGCUAUGGAAACCAAAACUCAGCCAGCAGAUUGCUCCAAGAUCCUGACACAACAGGACAAGAUGCUGCAGGAGGUGACGAAGUCUGCUAAAACCGAAAUCAAGCAACUGCAGAACAGUAUUCAAGAGAAAAAACAGAUGUUUAAAAAUCUCGAGGCUGAGGUGGAGGAGAUCAAGAGCAAGAACAAGACCAUGCAAGAACUGAAGCAGAAGCUGGAAAUGAAAGAAAAAGAGCUGUGUACAGAGAGGCAGAGGGUCAAAAAGAUGAACACUCUGGUGAAGAGGAUGAAGGCAGACAUCCAAAACUGCUCAAGCUUCACCCAGCAUCCAAAGAAGCUGAAGGAGAACUUCACAAAACUCCACAAAAGCUACACCCAGGAAGCACAUGUGAGAGUUGGAGUGAAGGCGGGGGACGUGCAAGAGCAUACCAGGCAGAGGGAGCGCCUGCAGAGGACAGUGGUCUCUCAGAAGGACAGCCAGGCUAUGAAGGCCAAAAUUCAGUCAGCAUAUUGCUUCAAGAUCCUGACGAGGGAACCUCUCCACCGCUUACCUUGGAGAAAAUUCUAGCCUUUACAUCAGGAUCCACUGCCAUUCCUCGACUGGGGUUUCCCAGUUUCUGCACCAUACAUAUCUACAUUUACCCAUCAAGAUGUGAAGAAUAAAGAAUGUUCAUAAAGAGUG